CUCCUGGCCCCCUCCUCCUCCUCCCCCCCGCCGCCGCCGCCGCCGCCGCCACCGAGCCCAUACGAGCGCCCGCCGCCCGCCCCAGCGCCCGGCGGCCGCGCCGCCCCCUGGUCCGCUAGCCGCAGCGGACGCGCCCUCUGGCCGCCGGUUCUGGGCGGGCGGGAGCGGCGUCGGCGAUGGCGCCGACUCGGAAGAAGCGCGCCUCGUCCGCGGCCGCGGCCGCCGCCGCCGCGGCCCAGUGGAAGGUCGGCGACCUCGUGCUCGCCAAGCUCAAGGGCUACCCGGCGUGGCCGGCCAUGAUUAGCGAGCCGCAGAAAUGGGGGCUUCCUUCAACUAAAAAGAAGUUGCUGGUCUACUUUUAUGGAACUAAAGAGAUUGCUUUCUGCAAUUAUGCUGAUCUUGAGGCGUUCACUGAAGAGAAAAAGAAAUCUCUACUUGUUAAACGACAUGGGAAAGGAGCAGAUUUUGUCAAAGCAGUUAAGGAAAUAGUUGAAAUUUUUGAUUCUAUGAAGAACGAGGACAAUAAUAAGAGUGGUUUGGCCCCUGCCAACAAUAGCAGCAGUUUGGACACUGGAGGUCCUGAAGAAGGUUCUGAUUUGGCCAAUGACAACAAGCUCGAGGGUAAUCCUGCCUCUUCCAUGGAUCACAGCAUGGCCAGUACCCCUGGGUCUAAUAUUGCUGCAUUGGAGAGUGAACACUGUGUUGUGAACUCUGCACCUGAUGAGCCUGCUAGUUCAUUUUCAAAGAAGAGGAGAAGUAAUGCUCUGCAACUAAGUUCUUGCACUCACCGUGAUCUUACUUCCCCACGGAGGCCAAGAAGUUCAUUAGGUGCUGAUCACAGGACUCGGGAUUCUUGUGGGCCAAAUGGUCUCAAUCUGCCUCCUGUUGGUAUGACCACUGAUGAUAGGCAGGAAGGUUCUUCUCGGCGUAAAUGUAUAGGUGAUGACAAACCUAAAUCGGAUCUCCUUUCAGCUAUGAAGGAUGUUAUGCUGUUCAAUUGCGGUCGAGGCACCUCAAGUCAAUCUGGAGCUUCUCUGAAUGGUAAUUAUGAGAACAAUUCGAGUUCUGCUGCAAAUAUAGAAAGUAAUCUUAAUGUUGAAGUAUGUCAAACUGUCAUGGGUAAAGAAGAUAAUCUGGAUGGGACACAAGAUCUUUCCACGAGUACAACAGUUACUUUUAAAAGAAAGCGAAGCCCGGACACCAAUGAUGUUAAUAAUUCUAUCAGCAGCGUGGUACCAAAUAUGGAUGAAGAAUUGCAGCCUAAUUCAAGUGGAAACCUGCCAGAUUCUCCAAAUUCAGGGAAUGAAGUCAAUAAGUCAGAUGGAGAUGACCACUUGCCAUUAGUGAAAAGGGCACGGGUUCGAAUGGGAAGACCCCAGCUGGAGGACUCCAUGGUUGAUGAGCUUGAUAUUUCUGGUAACAAAAUAGAGUUGGCUAUACCUGUAGAUGAAUGUUAUGAACAUGACCCGUCUUCAAUAGCGGGACAGGAUCAUCCAGCUGACCCAUCGCUGGCAUUGGGAAAUGAUCAUUUAGCUGAGGAGGUGCUUCCUGGCAUAGAUCCUUCACCCAAAGUAGACCCAUUGCUGGCAUCGGGAAAUGAUCAUUUAGCUGAGGAGGUGCUUCCUGGCAUAGAUCCUUCACCCAAUGUAGACCUGUCUGCAUCAGGAGAAGUUCAGACUGCUUGCAAGGACAAAGAGUAUCAAUCAAAGGUUUUGACGUUAGAUGGAGAAGCUGCUUUACCUCCAUCUAAACGUCUCCAUCGUGCCUUAGAGGCUAUGUCUGCUAAUGCUGCUGAAACUACUAGUAAUCCUCCUGAAGUGAAUAAGCCAAAGGAUUGUAUCCUGAAGCCUUGCACAACGUCGAUAGGAAGCUCUCCUUUUAAUAAAUCUGCAGAUGCACUUGUCAGAAGUCCAAGGUCUGCAACAACUAAAGGCCCGGAAAUAUGUUCAACUGUACUUUCUAUAGAUACCCCAACUGGCCUAAAGUGUAUGUCACAACCAAUAUUAAACAAGGACUCCCCGUCUUCUGUUUCAUUGGAAUUGACAAACGGUGGCAAUCAUGAUCUUCCAAAAGACAAAGUUCACACCAGGGAUGAUGAUGAUAUCUGUGGAAAUUCUCCAGCCUGUUCCUUGGAGUCGAAAGAGCCUGCCUUUGUAUCUAAGUUUGAUCAGUUGCCUAUGGGGAAAGUAAGUACAAAUGAGCUCCCGGAUCCAAUUGGUAACUCUGGUCAAGAUUUUAGUAAAAAUAUUGAUGGAUCUGCUUAUCCACUUAGCCAUGCAAAGACUGUUGUGUCAGGUGCUAAUCAUGAUUCCAAUUCCGAGCCACAAAAUAAGACAGUUUUGGCUGAACCAACAGUCAGUGUGGGUGACAGGACAAGUGCCUCUUUGUUGGUUACUAAAGUUACAUGCAGCCAGAAUGUUGCAGGCGCACGAACAUUUGAAGCGCAUGGUUCUUCAGCAACCACACUGAGAGAACCUGACCACAAAAUUAGCAUGAAGGAUAUUGGUUUAUCUCCUGACCCAAUGCCUAUGAAAGGACUUAUUGCUGCUGCACAUGCUCAGAAAUUCUCUCAACCAACUUCUUUCAUAGACAGUUUUUUAGAUUCCAAUGUUAUUUCUGAACCUUCGGUGAAUAUACCUUCAGUUAAGGAAGGAUCAGGUGGCCGGUGUUCACCUUCAAAUACUAUAAUAAGGUCUGCAUCAGAUAGGAUUCAUACUCAACAGACUAGUGGUAAGAUUCUUUCUGAUAACAUACAACAAAAGAGCUUGAACAAACCAGCAGGUCAUGACGAAGCCAGGUCAGCACGGAGGGCCUUUGAAAAUUUCCUAGGUACAUUAACAAGAACAAAAGAAUGUAUAGCCCGUGCAACACGUCUCGCUCUGGAUUGUGCCAAGCAUGGCAUUGCUGGGGAGGUAAUGGAUGUCAUCAUCGAACGCCUGGAAAAAGAAUCAAAUUUAUACAAAAGGGUGGACCUGUUCUUCCUUGUUGAUUCAAUAAUCCAGUGCUGUCGCAAUCAGAAAGGUGGAGUUGGAGAUGCCUAUCCUUCUCUUAUCCAAGCAGUCCUGCCACGAAUACUAUAUGCUUCUGCACCUCCUGGAAAUUCUGCAUGGGAGAAUCGAAGACAAUGUCUUAAGGUUUUGAAACUCUGGCUUGAGAGGAAAACUCUUUCAGAAUACAUCAUUCGUCAUCAUAUUAAGGAGCUUGAAGCUCUUAAUGAAGCAUCAUUUGGGACCUCUCGUCGUCAUUCAGGGACAGAGAGAGCUCUGAAUGACCCUUUACGGGAUAACGAAGGAAUGCUUGUAGAUGAAUAUGGAAGCAAUACUGGUUUCCAUCUUCCAAAUUUGAUCUGCGUGAAACUGCUUGAUGAGGAAGGAAGCUCCUCUGAGGAUAGGAGCUUUGAAGCUGUCACUCCUGAACAUGAAUCCACUGGUGCUGAGCAAGGGGAGGGUUCUCAAUUGGAUGGGGCGAAGCAUCGACUUGUCUUUGAAGAAGUGAAUGGUGAUCUUGAGAUGGAAGAUGUAGCCCCAUCAUCUGAAGCGGAAGCCACCUCUGCAUGCCAACAAGAUAUAACAGUUGCGAGGUGUACACCGACUAGUCAAAAUGUUGAUUCUGUUCCUCCGCUACCUGAAGACAAACCUCCAACUCCUCCCCCGUUGCCAUCAUCUCCACCACCUCUACCACGCCCUCAGUGUCCUGUCAUUCAAGGUUCACAGGUUCAAGGAGCAUUGCAUGUGGCACCUGAUCGAGUCGAGCCAGAUACUUUAAGAAAUGUUCAAGAUCAGCACCCUCAUUCUAUUGCAAAUAAUCGAGGCAACAUGGAUCCUUGUGCGGUUCCAUUCCAGCCUCCACCGCCCUAUACUUCUGGCUGUGCAGGGCAUCCAAACCAGAUGCAUCCGCCGCCACCGCUGCCUCCACCGCCGCCUCCACCACCUGUCGCACCUUUCCAUCCUCCUGGACCGCAUGGAAAUUUUUCUGGGCCCCCAGUACCGCCCCAUGGAAAUAACUAUCACCGUCCACCAGCACCACCACCUCCGAAUAAUGCAUACCAUUUGCAGCCACCACCACCGCAUCCACCACCACCACAUCCACCAGGUCCGAAUCAGUUCCCAUAUAUGCCACCUGAACACCAACAAAGAGCACAACCUUGGAAUUGUAAUCCUCCCUAUCCUGAGGGAUAUCAGUACAAUGGACAUGACAGAGGACACCCUCCAUACGAUAGGAGACAUCACUUUGAUGAUAGAUGGCAUCACUUCGACGAUAGAGGGCGACGCUUUGAUGAUGGAGGGCAUCAUUUCAAUGCCGGAGGACAUCAUUUUGAUGAUGGAGCAUAUCACUAUGAUGAUAGAGGGCAUCACUUCAAUGACAGAGGACAAAUGCACCAUGAACCUAUGGAUAGAGGAAGGUUUCCUCCACAUUUUGGACCAGAUCCCCCGUACCCUGACCAUUUUGAAGCUUCAUCCUCCCACCGUGGGCGACCAUCGGACGGUCCACCUGGUCCAUGUACCGACUGGUCGAUGCCGCCUAGGAGAUCCAAGUAUCCUCCUGGCUCCAGACAUUCAAUGGAGCCUCCAAUGUCCCAUGAAGGAGGUUGGAGGAGGCACGGAAGACACAAUAAUGAUAGAUUCCAUAGAUGAAGGGGCGCAGAAGCUUUGUGUCUCAACCAUGCUGAGCCUCAUCUGCGAUUAACAGUACAAUGGUUUCCAGAAGAGGGAUAAUUCCUGACAAUUUUAAUGGUUAUAGAUUUUAGUUUUCUUUCUUUUUGCCUUUGGUGGGCCGUGAAGGGGAUCUUCAUUGUCUCCAUUCGCGGACGGGCUUAGCAUGAAAUCUCUUUGCAAAAGAAGAGAUGGAACAGGCCCUGGUUGUACAAAUGUAUGUCGCCAUUCUUCUGCAAAUGCAGAAACGGAAGGGACUUCAAUGGUGCGUAGAGCUGUUCUGUAACAAUCUAGUUAGCCUUACAGUCUACUGUGUUGUUGAGAAAUUCUUCACUAUUGAUUUCCAUUCAAAUAUCCUUUUUGUAAUCCAACUGUCGUUUCAAGCACCUUACUGAAACUGUCUGACAUUGUAUAUGGCCACAAUCUAGAAUGUUCUUUUUU